AUGGAAGAGUCUAACAUAUUAAAUGGAUCUUCUAUUAACUUUGGUGGUUGCUUAAAUUUUAUUAACACUUUUAAUACUAAUUUAAAUUAAGUAAUAGCCCUUUAGGAAACUACAUUUAAAUAAUGCAAGAGCAAUUAUUUAGGAGGUGCUAUUUCUGGGUUAUCUUAUACAGGCUUAAAAAAUACCUUUUUUAUUGAGUGCAGUAGCUAAAUAGGUGGCGCUAUAUAUGCUAUUUAGGAGUUAUAUAAUAUUGAUCUAAAUUAAAACUCAUUUGAAUAAAAUAAAGCUUAUCUAGCAGCAAAUAUAGUUAAUAAAUCUCCUUUAAAAUUAAAAAUUUUAGAAAUUUUAGAGAUAAAUUAAAUGAAUUCUAAUGAUAAAAAUUUAUUCACAUAAACUAAUUAAUAUUUGUAUCCUGGACUAGUCUAUAUUAUUAGAUUAUCUAUAGAUGUAGAUGGAGAAUAGCAUAAAGAAUACACAAAUAACAAUAAUUUUGGUAAUCUCUAUUAACUUCUAGUUUCACCUUCAUAAAAUUUUAUUUCUUAAACUCCGACUCAACUUUAUUCUAUCAACUUUCCCUUUAUUUUAUGGUCUGCAAGAGAUAUAUCUUUUAAUGGUAAGUAAGAAAUAGAAUUGGAAGCUAUUUAGAUUUAUUUAGCCUAACUUUAUACUUUAAAAGAAAGUUAAUAUAAAAUAUAUAAUGGUUGUAAAGAAUAAGGAAUGGAAAAAGUAUAUUUAGAUAAAUAUUCAAGCACUCAAUUCAUAUGCUAAUACUGUGAAUAAAUGGAGGUAAGCUACUAUGGAGUAUGUCAAUAAUGUUAAGUUGAAUAUUUUUAAUAAUGUUAUGGAAAUUACUCAGAGCUAAAAUCAUCAUAUUGGAGAUCAAUAUAUUCAGUAGAACCUUAAGAUAUUUACUAUUGUUCUAAUAAUCCUUCAAGUUGCUAAGGAGGUAGUGGAAUAGGAAAUGAGCUUUGCAAUGAAGGUCAUGUAGGAGCCUAAUGUUUGAAUUGUGAUCUUUAUGGUGCUUACUGGAAUGAAAGAUUUUCUAAUGUGGGUUUCUUUUAAUGUGUAAAGUGCAAUUCAAUUUCUUCUAAUACUAUAAAAAUAAUAGUAUUGCUAACUAUUUUGAUGGAAAACAUUGCAGUAAUAGACAUUGACUUCUACUUACAUUAAGAUUUUACUAUUUCAUACUUAAAUUUAUUUCAUAUCAAAUUAAUUCACCAAAGUGGAUAUACUUUCUUCUUUAUUUUAGUUCUAGUUUUUACUCUACAAUCCUUUAAGCUCCUCCUUUCUCUCUUUAAACUGCUUAAUUUCUCAGUAUAAACCUGA